GAAAAAUGGGGGAAGCCUCAGCAAGUCCCAAAAAAAAGUUAGGGGGAGAACUUUAGUGGAGGAUGAGGAGGUAUACACGAAAGACGACUGGCUUGUGGAACUGAAAAAUUUGGUACGAUUAUAAAUAGGGGAUGGGAUCCACGUUCAAUUCCAUUAUUUAAAAACCUCAAUUGAUUUAGUUAUACUUCUUUUAUCAAGUCAAGUCAAACUCAAUUGAUCAAUUAAGCUCAUAAUGGUUACUAAAGAACUUCAAUACCUUAAAUUAGGUGAUUCAGGAUUAUCAAUUUCUCCAAUUAUUGUUGGAUGUAUGUCAUAUGGUGACAAAAGUUGGGCUGAAUGGGUUCUUGAUGAUGAAGAAAAAAUCUUCAGCAUCUUGAAGAAAUGUUAUGAUGUUGGUAUUAGAACUUAUGAUACUGCUGAUGUUUAUUCUAAUGGUACUUCAGAACUCUUAGUUGGAAAGUUUCUUAAAAAAUAUAAUAUCAAGAGAGAUAGAGUUGUUAUCUUAUCUAAAGUGUUCAAUGUGGUUGAUACUGAUCUUAAAGGUUUCAAUUUCUCUAAACAUGGUGAUUAUCCAUCUUAUGAAUUCCUUAAUUCCAAGGGUUUAUCAAGAAAACAUAUCAUUGAUGGGGUUGAAGCUUCAGUUAAAAGAUUAGGUACUUAUAUUGAUGUGUUACAAAUCCAUAGAUUGGAUAGAACCACUCCAAAAGCUGAAAUCAUGAAGGCUUUAAAUGAUGUCGUAGUUGCUGGUCAUACUAGAUAUAUUGGUGCUUCUUCUAUGAAAGCUACUGAAUUUGCUCAAUUACAAUUUAUUGCUGAUAAAAAUGGUUGGACUAAAUUCGUUAGUAUGCAAAGUUAUUAUAAUUUAAUUUAUCGUGAAGAAGAACGUGAAAUGAUUCCAUUCUGUAAUGAUAAUGUCUUAGGUAAAGUUGGUUUAAUUCCAUGGUCACCUCUUGCUAGAGGUGUCUUAGCACGUCCAUUAAAGAGUGAAUCUCAAUUCAAUAGAUCUAUUAAGACUGAUAAAUCUUAUGAUAGAUUGAAAUUAGAAGAAUUAUCUCCAGCUGAUGCUGAAAUUAUUAAAAGAGUUGAAGAAGUUGCCAAAAAACAUGGUGUUGGUAUGGCUGUUAUUUCAACUGCUUGGGUUAUAAGUAAAGGUGCUGCUCCAAUCAUUGGUCUUAAUUCUGAAGCUAGAGUUGAAGAAAUUGUCGAAGCUGCUCAUUUCAAAUUAACUGCUGAAGAAAUUGAAUACUUAGAAGAACCUUACGUUCCAAAGGAUUUACCAGUUUUUUAAACACUUUUGAAUAAAUAUAUUAAGAAUAAUUGACU